CGAGGUGCGGCUUCACGUCAUUAAGGCGCUCCUGGUCAGAUGAUUGGUUGUUUUGUGACGUUGUUUUGUGACGUAACCCGGAAGCAAGUCCGUAAUACGGAAGUGAGACGAGUCCUGAACAUUUAGAGCACCCGGAAGACCGCGUGAUACCGGGGCUUUAGUGUGUAACCCUAUUUCAUACACAACCCGAAAGACGGAGGUCAGCGAGCACGUUGAUAUACUGAAACACCCGCGGUUUCCGGGUGAAACCCCAAUGAUCGAUGGCUGCCAACGGGACCAAUCUACAGAAAGCUAUUGACCUUGCCAGCAAGGCAUCUCAGGAAGACAAAGCAAAGAACUAUGAAGAAGCUCUUCGUUUAUACCAGCAUUCUGUGCAGUAUUUUCUGCAUGUGGUUAAAUAUGAUGCACAAGGAGAAAAGGCUAAAGCAAGCAUCAGAUCAAAGUGCAUAGAAUACCUGGACAGAGCAGAGCAGCUGAAGGCAUAUCUAAAGAAAAAUGAAAAAGCUCCUGCAAAGCCAGUCAAAGAAGGAGCACCUAGAGCUGCUGAUGACAAAGGUAAUGAGAGUGACGAAGGAGAUUCAGAAGAUCCUGAAAAAAAAAAAUUGCAGAGUCAGCUCCAAGGUGCCAUUGUGAUGGAGAAACCAAACGUGAAAUGGUGUGAUGUAGCUGGGUUAGAAGGAGCAAAGGAAGCUCUCAAGGAGGCUGUAAUCUUACCGAUAAAAUUUCCUCAUCUGUUCACAGGCAAGAGGACUCCUUGGAGAGGAAUACUUCUGUUUGGACCUCCAGGGACAGGAAAAUCCUAUCUAGCCAAGGCUGUAGCAACAGAGGCAAAUAAUUCUACAUUCUUCUCAAUAUCCUCAUCUGACCUUGUUUCAAAAUGGUUAGGAGAAAGUGAGAAAUUGGUGAAAAAUUUAUUCCAGCUUGCCAGGGAACACAAGCCAUCAAUUAUCUUUAUUGAUGAAAUUGACUCCCUUUGUGGGUCAAGAAGUGAGAAUGAAAGUGAAGCUGCUCGAAGGAUUAAAACAGAGUUUUUAGUCCAGAUGCAAGGUGUUGGAGUGGAUAAUGAAGGCAUUUUGGUUUUGGGUGCUACAAAUAUUCCAUGGGUGCUAGACUCCGCCAUCCGCAGACGGUUUGAGAAGCGAAUUUACAUUCCUCUGCCUGAAGAGCAUGCAAGAACAGAUAUGUUUAAACUCCACCUUGGGACGACACCACACAGUCUUUCAGAACCAGACUUCAGAGACCUUGGGAAGAAGACUAAUGGAUAUUCUGGGGCUGAUAUUAGUAUCAUUGUCAGAGAUGCCCUGAUGCAACCCGUCAGGAAAGUUCAAUCGGCCACACAUUUCAAAAAGGAACGAGGGAAAUCUCCUCUUGAUCCAAAUGUUACACGGGAUGAUCUACUUACUCCAUGCUCACCUGGCGAUCCAAAUGCUGUUGAAAUGACCUGGGUGGAUGUUCCAGGGGACAAGUUAUUAGAACCAGUUGUAUGCAUGCCUGACAUGCUAAAGUCACUGGCUCACACAAAACCGACUGUGAAUGAUGAGGACCUUGCAAAAUUAAGGAAAUUCACAGAAGACUUUGGACAGGAAGGUUAAAGAAAUCUUGCAGGGCAGUUGUGACGAGCGUUCUUUCUCUUGCUUAGGUAUUCCUGCCUCAGUAUAGAUGGCACUCCAAAUCAUUGCCAAUACUGCAUUUCUCAAGUGGAUGUAAAUGCCUUAUUUCAACUAUCUUGUAAUUUCUACAAACCGUUGAUGUUUGUUAGCACUUAUUGACAAUAUCAUUACAAUCUGCAUUACAACAUGAAUAUAUCUCUAGGACAUUCUGGGGCCCAUUUAUCAAAGGUUGAGUUUCGAAUUCUAAAACUCGACGGAUAUUACCCACUUGAAAACUCGAAUAGAAUUUGACUAAACUCUAUUUGCGUUUUUUCUCAGAAAAUAUCUUGACUGUCCGGAAGGCUAUUAACAUUUUCAUAUGGGUCACUGCACCUCUGCCAUUGACUUUUACAUGAACUCGGCAGGUUUUAGGUGGCGAAUAGUAGAAUUAGAAUUGUUCCCAGGCUCAAGAUUUGAUAAAUCUCUAAUUUAAAUCGAGUUUGGAUUAUUCCCAAUUUUUGACCAAAAAUACAAUUCAAAAAUUCUAAUUACUAUUCAACUCUUAAUAAAUCUGCCCCUCCAUGUCAAAGUGAGAAUUAUCAGCAAUAAUACACUAUUUUAUGAAUUUGACUAACUUUUUUCCCCCUCAAAGUUUGAAUUGCUGGUAAUGUGCAGCAGGCAUCUAGAUCAUUAAGGCCGGGUGGUCAUUAAAAACAGCAUCUUAAAACCUACAGGAAAUAUCCUUAAUGUUGGGAAUGAAAGUGACAUCACUGAUUUUGUUUUAUCCUGCAUUCUGGAAGUAAAAAUAAAAUUUUGUUAUUUAGUAUUUGUAGUAGAAACCUCCUUUUUUUUUUUUUUUUUUUUUUUAAAUGAAUUAUACUGAGUAGUUCGUCGGUACCAAAAAAAAACUCCCAGUUGUAUUCCUUAUAUUGUACAUAUGUUACAUACUGUUUGAGUUUACUUUUGCAUUAAUAAGUCUGCCAAUCACACAUGCAAAUAAAAUACCAAUAUAUAUAUAUAUAUAUAUAUAUAUAUAUAUAUAUAUAUAUAUAAACACACACAAAGUCAAAGCAAGAGGGAGAACAGCUGAAAUCUACCUUGUAGCACUGCAAAUGUUUUUUUCUUGUCUCUUGCGAUGUGAAGCGCGUUUGAUUUUUUCUAUCAGAGCAAAAAAAAACAAUAGUGAACUUAUUUAUAGAUUCCUUAGUGUCAUUGAAU